AUGGUCAUAUGGAUGAUCAUUGUAAAUGGCCCAGAUGUUCCUACCAAACGCGAUGUUAAAGGUAAUAUUGUUCUGAAGAAAGAUUCCGAAUGGACAGCUGAAGAAAAGAAGAAUGUGGAGAUAAAAGCCAAAGCUAUCAAUAUAAUACAUUGCGCCACUAGCUUUGAGAAAUUCACAAAAGUUUCAAGGCGCAAAAUAGCAAAAGGGAUAUGGGACAAGUUGCAGCUCACACAUGAGGGAACUAAACAAGACAAAGAAACUCGUGUUAACAUGAUUAUGAAUGAAUAUGAAAUGUUCUUCAUGAUAAAAAAUGAAUCUAUUGAUGCACUGUUUGAGAGGUUCUCCAUCAUCAUCAAUAACCUUGAUGCAAUGGGUAAAUACUUCUUUGAAGUAAAACUUGGUAGGAAGAUCUUAAGAAGUCGUACCAAGCAAUGA